UACUUAAAAUGUGAACUUUUUUUUGGCAAUUUGAGAGUCCAGGCCAUCUCCCGCCGCCACCGGAGGGACUCUCCGAAGACCCGUGGUGAAAAGUAGAAGAAAUUCUUAAAGCCUUUGUUCUUUCGAAAUAUGGGCCAAGGACUGAGUUGUGUGGCGAGACAGGAGAAUGCAUUGUUUAGUGCAGUUCAAGUUGGAGACCUCGAAACUAUUGAAGCAUUGUUGAAGAGAGAAGCCAAUGUUUUAAAUCAUAAAACUGCUCAUGGUCGACACUCUGCUCUUCAUAUAGCUGCUGCCAAUGGCCAGAUCGAGAUUCUGCUUAUGCUUUUGGAGAAAUCAUCGAAUCCGGAUGUAUUGAAUCGCCUCAAACAGACUCCACUUAUGUUGGCUGCAAUGCAUGGGAAGAUAUCCUGUGUAAAGAGGCUCAUUGAAGCUGGAGCAAAUGUGAGUUGUUGUUUCUUUAUCUUAACGUUUGAUUCCCUUCAUGGAAGAACUUGCUUGCAUUUUGCAGCCUAUUAUGGUCACCCUGACUGCCUCGAAGCCAUCCUCUCUGCUGCUCGAUCUAGCCCUAUUGCUGUUUCAUGGGGAUUUGCACGAUUUGUGAAUGUAAGAGAUGCUAGGGGAGCUACUCCAUUGCACUUAGCAGCCCGACGGAGGCGGCCAGAAUGCAUACAUACCCUGUUAGACCAUGGUGCUCUUGUUUGUGCUUCAACUGGUGAAUAUGGUUGUCCAGGAAGCACCCCACUUCAUUUGGCUGCUAGAGGAGGAUCUCUCGAUUGCAUCCGCCAGUUGUUGGCAUGGGGUGCCGAUCGUCUUCAAAGAGAUGCAUCAGGGAGAAUACCAUAUGUAGUUGCUCUAAAGCACAGACAUGGGGCAUGUGCAGCACUGCUAAAUCCUUCAUCACUAGAACCUCUUAUAUGGCCAGCUCCAUUAAAGUUAAUUAGUGAGCUUAAUGAGGAGGCAAAAUCAUUAUUAGAACAGGCUUUAAUGGAGGUAAACAAGGAAAGGGAAAAGAACAUUCUCAAAGGAACAGCUCACUCACUUCCAUCACCUUCACAUUCCGAGUCCGGGUUAGAUGACAACAUUUCUGAGGCUAGUGAUACUGAAGUGUGCUGCAUAUGCUUUGAGCAAAUGUGCACAAUUGAAGUUCAAGACUGUGGCCACCUGAUGUGUGCGCAAUGCACACUGGUUUUGUGCUGCCACAACAAGCCCAACUCGGCAACUGCGUGCAUAACACCCCCGUUAUGCCCGUUUUGCCGGAGCACCAUCGCUCGAUUGGUGGUAGCCGAGAUUAAAGAUCACGAUGGUACUGAUUGCGACAUCGGCAAUGUUAGUUCUUCAAAGCCAAGAAAACCUAGCAAGUCGAGGCAUUUCAGUGAGGGAAGCAGCAGCUUCAAGAGCUUAUUGACAGUUGGUUCAUUUAGAAAGAUGGGUGACCGUGGCGGCGCAGUAAGGAUUGCUGCUGAAACUGAAUGGAUGGUUGAUAAGCUUUGAAAGUUGGCACUUGAGGAAUCCAUUAGAAGUGUUAACCUAUGAAUAAUGUUCAUUUCCCUUUACCCAGUGGAUAAAAAUGGCUGGAAAAUAAAAAAAAUUCAAGCAACCAUGGUGAGGAGCUGAGGUCCCAUAUUGUUGUAAUCUUUGGUUAGUUGAGAUUGAAAUUAAAGUAGCGUUGGUCU